AUGAACAGAAUCCUCAAGCAAAGAGAGAAGUACAAUCAGAUCAGAACUAGGCUGCAAGAUGCUAAAUUCAAGUCAAAGGUUGUGUAUCUAGCCAUUAAGGGUAUGCAGCCUACUGUGUUGUGGUGUAAGUUGUUAUGGAAUAACCCUGCUAGUCCCCGAGCCCAGUUUACUCUUUGGUUAGCUUGCCAUGAUAGAUUGGCGAUGAAGGAGCGUCUACAUAGAUUUCAAUUGAUUGAUAGUCCCAUUUGCGUUUUCUGCACCAAUGUUGAAACCACCCAGCACCUUUUCUUUGAUUGUCCAGGUACUAGAGACAUUUGGUAUCAAAUUCUCAAGUGGAUCUGGGUGUUGCAUCAUCCCUCAAACUGGAAGACAGAGCUGGAUUGGUUUAUAAAAAGCUGCAAAGGUAGAGGUUGGAAAAGUAUCUUGUUAAAGUGUGCGGCUACGGAAACGAUUUAUCACACUUGGAAGUAUAAAAAUGCCAAAUUUUUUGGAAAAGAUAUUCACAGAAACAAGAUAGUGAAAGAUAUUUUAGAUGCCACAGCGUAUAGAGUUUGGGAGAAUAGGAAAGUUAGAAAGCAAUUAGCCAUGAUUAUGGUUUAA